GAUUUAAGAUGGUUAUGGUUUUUACUUAGGCGAUGUGCACACACUGGAAAUGAUCUCAGCUGAUCAGCUGUUUGAAAAAAACAAUAAUAUUUUUAAGCAUCAAUUCAAACAUCGUCGUUUUGAUAGAUAAACUGUGCUGGUUUUAAGGUCUUUAAAAAUAAGAAAGCAAAAGAGAAGCAUUAAACCAGAAAGGAUCUCGCUUUCAAAAGGAGAAUCGAGUAUCCCAUCCGAUCCUUUAAGUUUUUGAGUAAACUCUUUGAAACCAUUCCGUUCUACAGAGCCGACAGUUUAAUAAAAAGGACCUAGUGACCUGACUUUUGAGCCGGCGACGACUUCCUGGCUGCUGCAUCUUAUCGCCGGUCAAUAAAUGUACAUAAAUGUGGCCGCGCCAGGACAAAUAGCAGCGAGCAGGGAGCAGGAGGACUGGCAGCCACAACGGCAGCAGAAACAAUAACAAUAGGAAAGCCGCAGAACUCAACCACAACAAGCCACAAUCGGCAAUCAUCAACACUGGCGCGCCGCAGACCGACAAGAAGGGGUCAGAGAGGUCAGGGCAGAGUUUCAGUUUCGGAUUCUGAGGGCGCCAGUUGCCAGUUGCAUUUUGACAACGGCAACGGACCAAAAACACCCGCGCAUAAGCCAUGACAGCUGUACGAGGACACCACUCCCCGCCUUCGCAGCCUUCGGGCGACGGGCAAAAACUAAAGCUAAAGCCCCAGAUACAGCCACAUCGGCCGGCCAAGAAUCUGCACGCCCUGCUGGAUCUGCCCGCGGCGAUGGAACUGCGCCAAAUUGAGUUGAUCUAUCGGGCGGAGGGUAAUGCAAAUUUGGUGCUCGCCUUGCCGCAAUUUAAAAAAGUUUUACGUUUGCCAAAAAUGAUAUCCAGCAGACUGCGGCAGGCGGAGCGGAAGGAGCAGGAGGAUGAUGCCCAGCCGGAAGGGCAACGCGACUCAUCCGCUCGAGCCGGGGCUGCAAAAGCUGGCGACUUGACAAUGCCGGAUUUUAUGGCUUAUAUCGGGAUAAUGCGCCGUCUAUUAGGAAAUGAGUUUGUCUGCGGAGCGGAUAUUGUUGCCAUACCAAAGGAAGACGAUAGAUUCUGGAUAAACGAGCACAUACGCGCUCAAAGACCGGUUUCGCGUCUGGAUAAGGAAUUUGUGGGGCCAUUCGGCCUGCUGCUGCCAGAUGUGACCCAAUUGCCUGCCACGUUCGAUGUUUUACUUGCCAAUUUACAGGCAAAGGGCACAACAGGAGAUGGAGCCGCUGGAGCAGAAGCAGGAAGAGGAGCAGGGACGAAGGACACGGCUGGUGUCCGUCGUCUGGGCGAUACAUAUGCCAUCGAAAUAAAACCCAAACAAGGCUGGCUCCAGUUGGCAAGUGAUGUCAACGAUUUAUUUGAUUUAAUGCCAACCGGAGCAGGGACAAAGCCAAAGGAGCAGCCCCAGGAUCAAAAGGACGAAGGCGAGACAGAGGAGGAGGAGCAGAGGGAUCGGGACAAGUGCCGGUGUCGCUUUUGCAGCAUGCAACUGCUGAAGCUGCACAAUGGGAAAAUCAAACGUUUGGGCCACUACUGUCCGCUGGAUCUAUUCUCCGGUGCACCCAGUCGUAUGCUCGAUGCCUUGGAUGCACUUCUCGCUUGCCCGCAAAAUAAUUUACGUGUAUUUCAGAACGGCAAUUUAAUUUAUGGCGAUCACGCGAAUUCGAUUUCCUUCGAUGAAUUGCACUCGCGUGUCUUUCCCGGUGAAAUUAUGGUGCUUAUAAAACAUUUGCUGGUGGCCUGCCUGCUCAGGGAAUACGAGGACCCGGAUUCCGACCGAGGUGAGAGCUCCAAUCAAAACCAGAAGCAGGAGCAGGAACAGGAUCAGCCGCCGCUGAAUCAGAGUCGCGUUUCAAUUGCGGCGACGGAGACAAAAGCGGGAGCUGCUGGAAUUGGCGCCGCUAAUGUUGUCCCGCCAUUUGGAGGCGGGUCCUCGGCCCCUGUUGUCACUGCUGGUCAAUCCUCGACGAGGACAAGAGCAGCUGCUGCAACAGCCACGACCCAAAGGUACACAAAACUGGCCAGAAUGGAAACACCACCAACAACAACGACAACGGCAACAGCAACAACAACAGGAACAACAGAAACCGAGGAUGCAGGAGCAACAUCAAGAAACCAACUGACCGACAAUGUGUUGGCAAUGGCAAUUCGAAAGGAUACAAAAACGGAAACGGAAACACUGGAAACUCCCAGCACGAGUCGAAAUGAGAAUCAGCAACAGAAUCGGAAUGAGCUUGCGAAUCAAACUCGAGCACAAAUCAACAAAGCGGAAAUAUUUCGCUUACCAAAAAACUGUGUGCUGCAAAAAAUUUUGAAUUUGCAAUUGCUGGUAAAGCGCCACUUCGACUUCAUGUGGCACUGCGGCUACGCCACUCGCUCCCAGCCCACUUACAACUCGCUCCGGGGACUCCUUGCCUCCAUGGAGGAGACGGGGGAGGAGGGUAAGAAGGCGGAAUUCGAGCCCGAUGAGCAGCAGGCUUACAUGCUGGGAGCCACGGCACUGGACUGCUCGAUUAUGUUGACGUUUCAGGAAAUCGAAAUCGAAUGUGAAAGCGAUUGGCCAACUGGCCAGAGCCCGGCGCCACUGCAGCCUUGGUGCGUCUCCCUGCUGGGUCAUCACUUUCUAACCAAGCUGUGUGUCCUGGACCUGGACCCCAAGCCCGACAGUCACUUUCAUAAAUUCAUAGCGCAGACACGAGAAAUUGAAAAGUGCCGUCGAGCAUUAAAUUAAUUAAUAAACUUUACACCCGAAACUAAAA